UCGCGGCGCAUUUCAACUGAUUUCAACUCGCAUCCUCGUCGUUUCGACGCGUUCUUGACGCGAGUAAGGAGUGUUUCGAGAAUGCCGUGAAGUGUCGGGCGAACAUCCGUCGUGUCGAAGUGUGUCGCGUUUAAUCGUGUAUCGCAUCAUUCGCAUCUCCGUUCUCCGUAGCCUCGUAUCUUGAGUUUUCUUUGGGACGUGAGUACCGGAUGUGUCGAAAACGAAGGGUCACACGUUCGUGCCAAGUGUGAAUCGAGACGAAUCGUUGUGAGGAGGAUCUUGGACUCGAACGUUCGAGAGCUGCGACCGAGACGGAGCUGGACGGUAAACGAAGCGACCAGCGGCGAACGAAUGAGAGUGAUUCCAUGGCUUUGAGAGCAUAAACAUAACCUAAAAAAAUUCGCUUUGGCACGGCGUCGUAACGUAAUUUGUGUAGUAUUUAUAGUGGGCUAUUUUAAUUUGACGAAAUGUCGGAAAAGACGAAAAGCAUGAGUCACGUGAAACAUAUUCCUAAAGAUGCUCAAGUCAUCAUGUCUAUCAUGAAAGACAUGGGAAUAACGGAUUACGAACCUAAGGUGAUCAACCAGUUAUUGGAAUUCACAUAUCGAUAUGUCACAUGCAUAUUGGACGACAGCAAAGUAUAUGCUAAUCACGCCAAAAAGAAGUUUAUUGACCUGGAUGACGUCAGACUAGCGGUCAAAAUGCAGCUAGAGCGUUCCUUUACGAAUCCACCACCUAGAGAUGUUCUAUUGGAUGUGGCACGAACUAAGAAUAACAUUCCGUUGCCGUUCGUCAAGCCAAACAAUGGCCUCAGACUACCACCAGAUCGAUAUUGCUUAAACGCAACAAAUUACAAACUUAAAAACGCAGCAAAAAAGAUUGUUCAGAAACCUGCACAUUCUUUGGGUAGCAAUAAUCAGUCAGGUGGGCAGUCGAGACCAAAAGUAGAGGGAAAUAAGACUGGUGUGUCGAUCGUUAAGAGGCCUGGCACACUUGCUACUGUCGCCAGAACACAAACCAUUUCUAUACCGAAACCUGUUUUGAAGUUCUCUACAGCAACAACAAGCACUACAACGGUAAAAACACAGGUAACGAAACCGAAAAUACAGAUCACUUCCAAUCAGACAUUGCCAGCUGUAAAAAUGGAGACCGAUGAAUCGUUGAAGAGAAAACGAGAGGAAGAUGACUACGAUGUGUCGUAACCGUGAUUCUGAAUGCUUUUUCGUUUAAUUAUUAAUAUUAAACUUUAAUAAUAAUAAUCCAUUCUUUAGAAUAAUACAAAGAGAGUAUACAAAACUUGUACAAUAAAAUACAAGAUUAUAUGAGACACACACGUUUAUUGAA